GGAAUCUAUUACCGAUGACUGCUGAUGAUGUAUCAUUUUCCGUAUUCUGGGUAAUAUACAGCGGUUUAGUGUGGUUAAUCGAAAUAGUUCAAGCGAUUGUGCUCACUGCUGGGUGCAUGAAAGUGUCUAAAGAAAAGGCACUGAGAGACGGUUUGAUCGGUCUUGCAGUUACUGUUGAAGUGAUCUUUUUUCUCAUACAAAUUUCUCUGCAUAAAGAUCUGAUGCUACAACUGAUUCGGAAACUGAAUAUUAUGUUACGCCUGAAGGACGAGUUGAUGAGAAAUACUGUAAUAAUAGUUCUGAAACCAAUAGACGUUCCUCUUAAAGUGUCUUGGUUCCUGGGAGAAAUGGCAAUAAUUGCGUGGGCUGUUGAACCAUUAUUGUUAAUUUUUCAGAAAAACAUGUUUUUCUAUGAAGAUUACAGGAUGCCUGUUGUCUUCAGCAAAGAGCCGUUUUCAACUAGCAUUUUCGUGAUGGGCAGUCUUAUCGUGUUGAGUGUCAUUUAUGAUAAGAGAAUUGUUGUCUAUUCCAUCAGGCACUUGGGUAGAAAGAUUUGUAGCCAUCAUGUACUGUGUUAG